AUGAUUAAAAAUUUAUGUAAUAAAAGUUAUAAUUUAAGUAAAAAUAAUAAUUUUUUCGUUCGUUUAUUUAAACGAUCUUUUUUAUCGGAAUCAUAUAAAUGUAUCGAUGAGUGGGAAAAUCGUUUGAAACAUCCAAUUUUUAAAAAAUCAAAUGUCGAUAAUAUAUAUAAUCAAUUAAAAUUAGAUUUCGAUACGAAUAAAAGGAUAAGCGUGUUAGAUGUUGAUAUAUUAGCUAAUUCUUUUAAAGAUUAUAACGAGAAAUUCGAAGUUGAAGACACUUUGAAGAAAUUACGAGAGUGUCCGGAAUGUGUGCUUUUACCGGAAAGAUCAACGCAUGCAAUUCUUCGUUAUUACAUUGAUCACGGUCCGAAAGAAGAUAUUUUUAAUUUAUUGAGUAACAGACUCGAAUAUGGAGUUUUUCCUGAUUUUUAUUUAAUUAACAUGUUGAUGGAUAAGUUUUUAAAAAACGAAGAUUACGUUUCUGCUGUUAAAAUUGCUGUUCUUCAAAUGCUUCAGGAAGAAUAUGGACAUCCCAUAACGAAAUCUUUGGCAAUAUUUUCUUGUUAUAAAUAUUUAUUAUCGUCUAUGGUGUGGUCUGUACCACCACCACCUGAACCUGAUCCAGAUGAAGAUGUUGUUAAAGUCAGAGUACCUUACAUAAGGAAUCCUUAUUUUGAUGAUCAUUUCGAUAUCACAGAACCAAAUCAUUUAGUCGGUAAAACAAUGUGGUUAUUUGGUAAAAAUAUCAAUGGACCUCUUGGCAUUUCAAGUCAACUUGUCGGUUUAAUUUUAUAUGAAAAAUUCAAUGAAACUAUUUCACUUUUAAAUACUAUCAUUGAAAAAGAUUUAAAAUUACAUUCUCAAGCUGUUUCAAUGGCUAAAGAUUUUUUAACGAAUAAACCGAAACAAGAUUCAUCUGAUUCGAUAAAAAAUGAAAUUUUACAACUUCUUACAAAGAUCAACUCAAAAAACUUAUUAAAAACAGAUCUAUUAACAGAAUCUGAAAAUUUAUUAAAACAUUCGAUUGAAAAUAAUGAAAGAAAUGAUAUAGAUAAUCAAUGUAAGAUAUACAGUCGAUGGGAAAACGAUAGGAAUGAACACAUAAAUAAAGAAUUGGAAAGAAGCGAAAUUGAAAAUCUUAAAAUGGAAAUUGCCAAAGUUAAAGAAGAACUCAAAAGUGAAGAGCAGAAAUUAUUUUAUUUCGAUAAAGAAGAUGAGUUACAAUUAGAAAUAGAAGAACAGAAAAAGAAAAUGAGUAAUGUUGUUUAUUACAAGGGUAAACGCAAAUAUAAAGAUGUUCAAGAAGAUACAUACAUCCCACCUGAUGUUAAAAAAACUUUUAAUGAAUGA